GAUAACUUCCACCAUUCCCCAGCUCAUCCUUCCCAUCAAGGCUGCCCUCAACACCAGGGACACGGACAUCGUGGCGCGCACACUGCAGGUUCUGCAGAAGCUGAUCACGUCGGCCCCAGGUGUGGGUCAGGCUCUCGUUCCCUACUACAGGCAGCUGCUGCCGAUCUUCAACCUUUACAAGGACAGCACCACCG